AUGUUCGCACGACCAUAUGUCUCAUCGAUCUGUAAACGGCCGGCAACGAUUCGGAUCCUGAAGCAACCUCAGAGCCACUAUCUUCAUGCGUCCCCAUCAUUGAGUCUCCCGCGUCGAAAAGACUUCUUUUCUUCCAACGCUUUCCUGACCCAGAAGCAGCCCACGGGCAGCGACACUGUCGAAGGAUCAUCGCAAGAGUCUCAGAAGCAACGGAGAAGGGGCGGAAGGUCACCAGCUGCACCAACGUCACUACGAAGGGUAGCGGUAGAGGCGCAGAGAUCAAAAGAUGGGUUCAAAUCCAAGGCACAGCUUAGGGAGGCCGGGCUGUUACGGACAAAGGCAAUCACCGCGUACGCUGUAGCCGAGAAGUUCAACAUUCGCAAGGCCAGAGAAAUCCUACAGGAUAAAGGAUACGAACCGGACCCCCUCGACACAGGUCUAUAUCCUCAGGUCGUCCAUAUUCAAGUUCCUCUAGACUCUAUACGCCGAGUGAGCAACCCUAGCGCGUCCGGUCUUUCUCCGGAGGAAGUUGGCGACAUAUUUGUUUUCCCCUCGGGUACGGUCGUAUCAUGGGCACUUCCCGAAGGCUUUACGUCGUUUUUGGCCACCAGAACAUUACUUCCCGCGGCAGAGGGCGCACAUAUCGAUAACUUGGAAACUGAAGAUAUGGAAUAUGUUGAGGAUACUCAGAGAGAGAACAGCAGCAUCCAGGGUGACACGAUUAUUUUAGGAACCAAACCCAGUGAUGGUACACCGGAACCACAAUCCGCCGGCCAUCAAUCUGUGGAUACCGUUUUAACCAAGGUCGCAUUUUCUUCUGGGCUGGCCCGCAGCACAAAACUGGCGGUUCUUGAAACAUUGCUAGCUAGCUACUUUGAGUCCACUCGAACCAUCCCAACGCUCCUGUGGCAAGGGUCACGCCUACCCUAUACUCGAGACUUCAUCCUUCGAAAAACAGGACAACUUCUUAGCGUCCGUGCUCAGCUGAAUCUUUAUUCAGAACUCACCGACUCGCUUCCUGAUCUUUUCUGGGACAGUCGGCAUGAGCUUGGUUUGGAAGGAUACUAUGAGCAGGUUGGCAGAGCAUUGGACGUUGGAAUACGCAUCAAGUUGCUGAAUGAGAAGAUGGACUAUGCGCAGGAGAUUGCCAGCGUCCUCCGGGAACGUUUGAGUGAAACCCACGGUCUCCGGCUGGAAUGGAUUAUAAUUCUUCUCAUUGCGGUUGAGGUUGGUUUUGAGGUUUUGAGGUUGUGGAAAGAACGGGCGCAGGAGCAGGCCGCUGCAGCUGGAAAGACUCAGAAGGCAUAA